GAGGUACCAAGCAGCUCACAGCAGAUUAAUACUUUGCAGCAAAGAUGAAGAACAUUUUCACAGAUUUCGUGCUCAAACAAGUCGUCUUAUUUGUCACAAUCAUUGUGAUUUUAAUUCUCAAUGUCGGUGUAAUGUUGUUCCGUUACGAGUGCAAUUGUGAAACAAGAAGUCGUGACUGCAGUGUGCACAUGGCUAUUCCAUUUUUUAUUAUCUUCGUUUUACAACUUUGGACGGACAAGACUUUGAGAUACACAUUUGCCAGGAUAGAAAGUUGUUGUCAUGUUGUGUAUCACAUGAUCAAAGCAGCUUUAGUUGGUCUGCUGUGGGUUGCCUUUGUGUUAAUCGAAGGACAAUGGUACGCUUGCUGUGUGAGUAAUACACUCUGCAAUUACUACCGUACAGACGAACGGAGAAAUUCAAGGGUCAUCGGCCUGUCUCUACUCCUUGUCAUCAUUGUUGUGGCUGCGUUAAUGUCAUCAGGAUGGAAGAAAUGCUGUGAGGAUUCAGGUUCCAACACAAACAAUUUGUAUCAGAAAGUGAGGUUGGACGAGGAGGAAAACAUGCUGAAAUGGAUCGCAAAAGAAAAGUUGAAGGCACAACUGGAACAACGGUGGGAAGAGGAAGCAGCAGCCGGACAACAGAUCGCUCUGCGUCCAACAGGAAACCAGAUGGUUGACUCUUUGCCAUGAAUCCAGAUUCAUCAGACGAUCACGGUCACCAUGGUGAUGAUGAUGAUGGUCACAUUUUUCAUGCAACUCAACAAAGUGUUAGGAAAUGUUAUAUUGAGCUUUAAUCUGAUUAAUUGUAAUGCUUAUCCUUUUUGUUAUUGCUCUUAUUUGUAAUGUUUAACCCUCAUGUUGACCUCGGGUCAAAUUUGAACCCAUUUUACAAACAAAAUAAUUUUGCUUUUAGCAAUAGUUUUGCAUCAGUAACUUUUGACCUGAGGAUAUCCUGGCUAAUAUUUGACAUUUACCAUUCUUUAUAAUCCAAAACAACUCUCCUUUAUGUAGACAUCAGGUCUAUGUACAUGACGUCUAUUGACCAUGAAUGAAGUUGGCUAAAGGUGUAACAGAUUUUAGUUAUGAAUUAAACUUUUCUGAGAUUUAUAAACAAGCAAACCGGAGCAGGGAGGAAAACAUGAGGGUAAAAGAAAUGUUUCUGUUGUUUGAUUUAUAUUUUCUGUUAGAAUAUCUUUCAGCUCAGUAGAUGUGAUGAUUACAUUUACACUUUCAUCUUAUUAGUUUGCUUCAGCUUUAAUUUUUACAGAUUAAACUGAUCUUGAAGUUAGCGUGCUGACAUUCAGAGUUUGAUCUGAAUUUCAUUCUUUUAAUAAACUGAUAAGAUUCCCA